AUGUCCGCCGCCAGCACUGCCCACGUCCGCGCCGCCCUCCUCGACCAGGCCGCCUCCCCAUCCCCAUCCUCGCGCACCGGCCGGCCUUCCCUCCCCCCGCUCCCCGCGCCCUCCCCGCGCCCCGGCGCCACGCCCCCCUCCACCCCCGGCCGCCGCACCCCCAUCGUCUACCCCGCCCUCCUCUCGCGCGUCGCCGAGGCCUUCCGCGCGCGCAUCGCCCUCGCGGAGCGCGUCAAGGACGGCCUCGCGUACAAGGACGCGUUCGACGGCCGCCAGGCAGUCGACAAGAUCGCGUACAUCAUCAAGACGACGGACCGCAACCUCGCGCUCCUCCUCGGCCGCGCGCUCGACGCGCAAAAGUUCUUUCACGCCGUCACGUACGACCACCGCCUGCGCGACUCGGCCGCCGACGUGUACCAGUUCAAGACGCGCCGCGACCCCGACCCCGAGCGCGACGACUCCUCGCCGACGCCGCCUCCCGUGCGCGCGGGCUCCGUCGGCGCGGACGACGCCGCGCCGCUGCCGACGGGGGUGUUCACGCUGCUCACGGACUGCUACUCGCCGACCUGCUCGCGGGACCGGCUGUGCUACAGCAUCACGUGCCCGCGGCGCCUGGAGCAGCAGGCGCGCCUGCACAUGAAGCCGCAGCCGGGCCUGCUGCUGAAGAAGGCGCCGAGCCGCGAGAGCCUGGGCGAGCUCGAGCUGGUCGAGCCUGGGUUGCUGUGGGUGCAUUCGGUGCCGCAGGAGGUGGUGAAUAGCGUGUCGGACGCGGAGAAGCGCCGCCAGGAGGCUAUUAACGAGGUCAUUUACACGGAGCGCGAUUUCGUGCGCGAUAUGGAGUACCUGCGCGACCUGUGGAUCGCGCCGCUCCGCACGUCGGACAUCAUCCCCGAAGCGCGGCGCGCGGACUUCAUCACGCAGGUGUUCUGGAACGUGCACGACAUCAUCGCGGUGAACACGCGCCUGCGGGACGCGCUGAACAAGCGGCAGAAGGCGUACGCGGUCGUGGAGAGCAUCGCGGACGUGUUCGCGGAGGCGGUGCCGCACUUUGCGCCGUUCGUCGCGUACGGCGCUCAUCAGCUUUAUGGCAAGUACGAGUUUGAGAAGGAGAAGAGCGCGAAUCCGGCGUUUGCGCAGUUUGUGGAGACGACGGAGCGGCGCCCCGAGUCGCGGAAGCUCGAGCUGAACGGGUACCUGACGAAGCCGACGACGCGCCUCGCGCGGUACCCGCUGCUGCUCGAGGCGGUGCUGAAGCAGACGCCGGAGGACAACCCGGACCGCGAGCGCAUCCCGAAGGUCGUCGCGCUCGUGCGCGAGUUCCUCGCGGAGGUCAACCUCCAGACGGGCAAGGCCGAGAACAGGUUCAACCUCCUGCAGCUGGACCAGCAGCUCGUGUUCCGCCCCGGCGAGCAGGUGGAUUUGCGGCUGAAGGAGGACGGGCGGGAGCUGAUCUACAAGGGCGCGCUGAACCGCCGUGGGGGCUCGCAGGGCGACAGCGGCGAGCUGCAGACGUUCCUGUUCGACCACGCGCUGCUCAUGGUCAAGCAAAAGAGCAAGGGCGAGCAGUACAAAGUCUACCGACGGCCGAUCCCGCUCGAGCUGCUGUUCGUCACGUUCAGCGACGACGGCGCGAACGGCACCGUGCGGCCGUCGACGAGCCGCCCGGGCAAGGUGCUCACGAAGCGCGCGUCGUUCGGCAAAGGGGGCGCCGCGGCCCCGGCCCCGGCCCCGGGCGCGACGCCGUACCCGCCGGCGGUGGGCAAGACGGAGAACGGCGGCAAGGGCGGGUUCUCGAUCACGUUCGUGCACCUCGGGCGGAAGUACUACCAGAUCACGCUCUGGGCGAGCACGCACGUGAGCCAGCGGAAGUGGGUGGAGAACAUCGCGCGGCAGCAGGAGAGGAUGCGCGAGCGGAGCACGUUCUUCGAGACGGAGGCGUUGAGCGAGGGGUUCUUCGUCGGGCUCAACCGCGCGAACUGCGCGGCGCCGUUCGCCGCGGGGCGCAAGGUCGUGUACGGGACGGACGACGGCGUGUACAUCUCGGACUUGCGCGAGCAGAACCGCGACCCGGUGAAGAUGCUCGCGCUCACGGACGUCGCGCAGGUGGACGUGCUGGACGACUACGGGCUCUUGAUCGUGCUCUCGGAGGGCCAGGUGAUCACGUUCCCGCUGGACGCACUGGACGCGAUCGACCCGAUGGCGGGGCUGAAGCGCGCGAAGCGGAUCGCGUCGCACACGUCGUUCUUCAAGACGGGGACGUGCGUCGGGCGGACGUUCGUGUGCGUCGUCAAGACGAGCCCGCUGUCGAGCACGAUCAAGAUACUGGAGCCGAUCGACCAGAACGUGCGCGGGCGCAGUAAGCCGACGUUUAGGAAGCUGCUGCAGGGCGGGAACGACACGCUGCGGAUAUUCAAGGAGUUCUACAUCCCCGUGCAGUCGAGCUCGAUCCACUUCCUCAAGACGAAGCUCUGCGUCGCGUGCGUGAACGGGUUCGAGAUCAUCGACCCGGAGACGCUGGACACGCAGGGCCUGCUCGACCCGAGCGACGAGUCGCUCGAGUUCGUCAAGCGGCGCGGGGAGAACGUCAAGCCGAAGCCGAUGGCGAUAUAUAGGAUCGAGAACGAGUUUUUGCUGUGCUAUGACGAGUUUGCGUUUUAUAUCAAUCGCAACGGGUGGCGCUCGCGGCGGGAUUUUAUGGUGCACUGGGAAGGCGCGCCCACGCGCUUCGCGCUGCAGUACCCGUUCGUGCUCGCGUUCGAGCCGACGUUCGUCGAGAUCCGCAACGUCGAGACGGGCGCGAUGUCGCAGAUCAUACAGGGGAACAACCUGCGGUGCCUCUUUGCGGACACCCCGCCCACGAGCGCGCAUGGCCCCCCUCCGCCGCCGCAGCGCCCGUCGUACGCGCCGUAUCCGCCCGCGGGGUACGGGGUGCAGUAUGGCCAGCAGCAGCAGGCGUACACGCAGGCGUCGUACGGCGCGCGGCAGUCGAUGCAGUCUGUGUAUAGCCAGCAGCAGCCGGGGACGCCGCCGUAUGGGCCCUUUGCGGGCGCGGGGGCGGGCGGGCGGCAGGGGCGGGGCGAGAUCAUCAUGGUGUCGGACGACCGGGUGAUGGCGCUGCGGAUGGCGUCGCCCGGCUGAGGGGGCGUCGCUUUUGCUUGCUCGCGCUUCGCUGAUGCGGUCUCGCUUCUUUGUCUUUUCGUUUGUUUGUUUGUUUGUUUGUUUGCCCUUUUUCUUGCCCUAGUCUGUGCUGUAAUUCUGGCGCGUCGUUCACACGCGUUCGCGUUCUUUCUUUUGCGCCUGUUCGAGACACGAUACGAACCCGACGGCGAGGGCGAGGGAGGCGAUGAGUAGCGUCUGCGUCUGAUCUCUGCGUCUCUCAUACUUUUGUUCUUUCUUUCUUUCUAUUUUUUUUUCUUCCACUUCACUCUUCUGCUGCGCCUGCCCGCUGGCAUGUGUUUUUCGUCUGUCUGUCUGUCUGUCUAUCUGUCUAUCUGUUUGAUCGUUUGAUUGUUUGAUCGUUCGUUCGUUCGUUCUAGUACUCUAUCUAGUCAUCUCGCACGCUCGAGCAUAUAUAUAUCCUACCUGC